GAAAAGGGAAACAUCACUUUGUCGGCAACUCAAAGUCUCACAGAGAGUGUAGUCACUUUACUCAACUUUGAAGAGAGAUAAUAGAAUGGCAAGUGCAUCACUUGUCUUGUUUGCGAGACUCUCAGGUUUAGUAAUCGCAGUUUUGGUUCUCUACUGGGCUCUCUUGCUUAAGACCAGCUUCGUCCCUCGUCAAGGCCUCACAUACUCUACUCUUCAUCCUCUGAUGAUGGUGAUUGGCUUCAUUCUUGUAAGUGGAGAAGCGAUUCUGAUACACAGAUGGUUGCCUGGUUCGAGGAAAACGAAGAAAGCAGUUCAUUUAUGGCUACAAGGAGUGGCAUUGGUCUCUGCGGUGUUUGGAAUUUGGACAAAGUUCCAUUCUCAAUUGGGAAUUUUCUCCAAUUUCUACAGUCUCCAUUCUUGGAUGGGUUUACUCUCUGUUUCUCUCUUCGCUGCUCAGUGGGUGACUGGGUUCUUGAGCUUCUGGCAUAGAGGAGAAGUACGGACAACGAGAACAACGUUUCUUCCAUGGCACGUUUUCCUCGGACUCUACACCUAUGGUCUAGCCAUUGCAACUGCCGAGACCGGACUGCUUGAGAAGCUGACGUUUCUUCAGACCAAAAGAAACGUCCCUAGACGCUGUCCUGAAUCAAUGAUCGUCAACGGUCUAGGGCUCGGCUUGGCUCUACUCAGUGGCAUUGUUAUAACUGCUGCUAUUUUGCCCAAGUAUCAGAGCCAUUCUGGUAAUGAGAAACUCGUUUAUUCAUCUCAAGAUCGUCCCAAAUGUUUGACUUCUUGAGUUUUUCUUUUUUUUUUUUAAUGACAAACUACACAUCUCUGGUGUACAAAAAAAAAAGAACAAAUUAGUUCCGUGAAAAUGUA